AGCAAAAUGACAAUUUUGUUAUCAAAAUAAGUACACAAUUAUGUAUGGUGAUAAGAAGUUAUUACCAACAACACACAUGUCUUCAGUAUCAGUUAACACUAGAAGUCAUGUCAGCCAAAUUGCAACACAUACAGAAUCUGCGACAGAUCUUCCAACGUUCGGUGGAAGCUGUGCGGCCGGCGCAAUUGCUUAGUGAGGCCAACCAAUAUGCCUUGCGGCCACAGGUGAGCGCAGAUGGACGCCGCUUGAGCAUACAAAUACAGGGUAAAACUUUGGAUAUAACACGUAAACAUUGUCAUGUUGUUGGUUUUGGUAAAGCUGUGCUUGGCAUGGCAGUACAAUUGGAAAAAUCGCUCGAGAAACGACUGGUCAGUGGCGUGCUGAGCAUACCGCAGGGAACAAGCGAACGAUUUCGUGAUGUGCCCGAAAUGCAGUUGUCAGCAGGUACGGUUAUAGACGUUAUCGAAGGCGCACCAAACAAUCAGCCCGAUGAGCAGGCCUUGGAGGCUGCCAAGCGCAUAAAAGAGCUUGCUGCGCAUAUGACAGAAAACGAUAUACUCUUUGUGUUGAUAUCUGGUGGUGGUUCGGCAUUGCUACCAUUGCCGCGACCGCCACUAACGCUGGGCGAGAAGAUGCAACUGGUGCGGCGCCUAGCCAACUGUGGGGCCAGCAUUGAUGAGAUGAAUGUUGUGCGUAUUGCCUUGUCCGACAUCAAGGGUGGACGCUUGGCGGCGGCUGCACGCAAAGCUUUUGCAGUUAUUUCGUUUGUUAUCAGCGACGUCGUUGGCGAUCCGGUCGAUAUAAUAGCAAGUGGUCCAACGUGUGCUGUGAUAUCAAAGCGUUCUACAGCAAAAGAAGUGUUGGAAAAGUAUGCAUUAUUUGCUGAUUUGCCUGAGCACAUACGUGAAUUAGUGGAAGUUUCGGAGGCAAAAGAACCAUUGACACCAACGCUCAACAACUCGGUUUACGUGGUGGGCGACAAUCGCGUUGCUACUGCGCAAGCUGUACAGGAGGCGCUCAAAUGUGGCUACAAUCCUUUUAUAGCCAGCACAACGAUUGAGGGUGAAGUACAGCAGCUGGUUACCAAAUAUAAAGACUUCUUGCAAAGCAUUUGCGAUUUUCGCAAAGGUAAAUUAACUGAAAACGAUUUGAAAAGCCGUUUUCCAUUCGAUUCACGCAUCUUCCAGCAUUUUUUAAAAACACUGCUCAUGUGUGAGCGCACGCAGAAGCCACUGCUAUUGAUCUUGGCUGGUGAGCCGACCGUCAAGGUCACCGGUGGCGGUUUGGGUGGCCGCAACCAGGAGUUGGCUCUACGCAUGGCAAUCACUUCAUAUGAGAAUGCUGACUUUAAUAACGUUAUUUUUCUCUCUGCCGGCACAGAUGGCAUUGAUGGCCCAACGCCUGCGGCUGGCGCUAUCGGCUGUAAUUUAGUGAUAAGCGAUUUUUUGGCGAACAACGCUAAUACUCUGAACGAUGUGGAGUCUUUCUUGCAGCAGAGUGAUUCGUACAACUUUUAUAAAAACCUCAAAGCUGGUGAAUAUCAUGUGGUUACUGGCCACACCGGCACCAACGUGAUGGAUCUCCAAUUGUUGCUUGUAGUUUAGCCUUAUUGUAAGGGUGGACAAGUUUUGUUGAAAGGAAACUAAGAUAAUGUGUCGUAAAGUAAAGUGAUGUCAAGAAA